UCGGCCGGCAUGCCCAGUGGCAAUCCGAUCCAAUCGUACAACUACACCAUCCCCUACUCCACUGGAUCAUCGGUCGGUAGCCCGAUCACAGCUUCCGCUCCGUCGUCCGCUGCAAGCACUGGUGCUAUCCCAACGUAUAGCAAUUUGACAUCCUCUGCGACUCUCACGAGCUUCGUCACCUUCACUAUCUUGCCAACUGGUUCUCCGGCUAUUCCAAGCAACAGCACAGCCAGCACGCCCUUUUCACCCAUUACCGCUUCUCUCAACGGCACUUCAAGCGGCUUCGCAUCUCCAACCGGAACCGGCUCGCCCAUCACAGCCUCUGCCGGCUUCCCGACUGCGUAUCCUUUCCCGAUCGUCAGCACUGGCGUACCAUCAUCUCCAAGCGGCUCACUCGGCUCUCCGAUCAGUCCUGGCAACUCGACAUCUUCCGCCUCUGUCACCGACUCGCCAACGCUCCCGACUGAUGCUCCAGGCGGAACCACUACCGUCUUCGUCACCGUCUUCCCGACAUUCA